AUGCGCGUUCCACUCACUCCCUCCGAGCAUCCCAACCAGCAUCUACGGAAGUUGGGCGCGAACCCUGACCUCCCAGUCAGCGCUGCCUUCGUUCUGGUUGGCCUACACCGAGGCUGGAAGCCAGGCUCCAAGACUUGGAAGAAGAAUUGGAAUACCUGUAUGAAUAUGGAGUACGACCGGCUCAUUGGCUGCCGUGUGAAUAGCCUGGCCACCUGGCAGGGCUUAUGCGCGAAGGUGGGAAUUGAAGGUUCCUUCACCUCGAUUAACCAGUGCAAGAAGGCACUGGCUCGGGUUCACGUCAAUAUCGUUGACCUUUUGGACUUUUGGGAUAUGGAUGUCACUCCAAUUCGCUUUAAGAACAAGGAGGACCUCGCCGCAUACACCAAGGCCACAAAUAAAUUCUUUGGUAGACACAUCGCCAAACAGGACAAGGUACUGCGUGUUCUGCUCCGUCACCUUAUUUGA